GAGUUUGGGUUAGAAAAAAUGGCCUCACUUUAGAGGAGAAAAGUUGCCAAGAGGAGACAUGUGAAAGAUUUUAAGUCUGAAAAAUGAAAAAUGGCUUCCAGUUCUCCAGGGAAGCCUCAGAGCCCUCUCUCCAGUCUUGGGUAGUGUUGAGGACGUGGGGGUGCCCUGACCUGGCAGCUUCUCCUCCCUGCCUUGUUUUCCCUGGCUAGAGCCCCAGGCUGGGCAAGUGGGCAGAAAGAAUCAGAUGAAGUAAAGUGUAAAAAUGCUUUGAAAACUGCUAACUAGUACACAAUUACAGAGAGCUGGGAGAACUGACUGGCCCAGGAACUCAGGCUGCAGCCCAUUUCAGCCUCUUGAGUCCUCAUCCCAGCCCAUGUGAAAGACAAUUCCAUCCUGAGAAAGGGCCCAGUCACCUCCAACAGGCAUGGGCCGGCGGUUGUUGUGUUGGGACACUGGGGAUUCUGCUUGCUUCUGUUAACAGUGGUACUGCGCGGUGCCAAGGAACAUUGCUCUGGAUUGGGGCUAAUUUUAGGGGUGAUGGAGUAAGGAAAUAAUGUUCUUAACUUAGCGUGUUGUGCUGGGAACACCCAUUCUUUGCAUCUUUUCCUUCUCCCAUGAGGUCUGAACCCCAGAGCACAGGCUUGAGGGUCCCUCAAGCCAGUUGGGAGCAGCUAGCAUGUGCCCUCUCCUCUUGCCUCCAGCAGGGGGCAGCCUUUUAAUAGCAGUAAUUCAGAUCCUAGGGCAGUAAGGGUACACUGAGGCCUGAAAGAGAAGGGUGGGGGCAGGGGCCAGAAGCUGAGGUAGUCAUGAUGAGGGCUGGGUGACAAGCUGGUGUGGGCCUGUGACAAAGAGGAGACCCUUAGCCCACCAGCCAGGAAAAGGUGAGGUGGGAAGGGACAGAGUCCCUGGUCCUAGCCUGCCACUUCUCCCAGCCCUUUCUUCAUUAGAAAGGGAUCCAAAUGCUUGGCCUGCAGAAUGUGAUGGAUGAACUUGGGGUCAUUGGUGGUUUUCUUCUUUCUUUUUUUUUUGAUCUAUUCUUUUCUCAGGGAUUCCUCUUCUGGCAGGACUUCAGAGUUUUCUCAUGGGACAGUGUAAUUAAGGAAUCGUUCACUGCAGCUCAGAGGGGAAAAUGAAUGAGCAGACACUUGGUUCUCCGUCUUACAUUCUCCCCGUAAACACCAAGUAGGCUUUGCUGGACUUGUGGGUGAGGAUUUCUCCACUGCUGCCAUUGUGGACCAGAUAUUUUUUUGUCUUGGGGUCUCCGGGCAUUGUAGAGUAUCUUGCUGGAUCCUCAGUCUCUAGCUAAAAGAUUCUAGUAGCAUCCCUGAGCCCAGUUGAGAUUGCCCUGAAUGUCUCUCCAGCCAUUGCCAAAACUCUGGGGAGCAGAGUCGCCCCCAGCCAAGAACCCUCUGCUUCCAGGCAGUAUGGGGCAGAGUCCCAUUUUGGGGAGGGGUGGCCUGGUCCCUGCUUUGCGGGCUCUGUCUUCCUCUGCUCUUGGUUCUUGGGCCCUUGCCUCCUGUCAGUUUACCUCUGCUGCUUCCUCCCAACCAGGGGAGCCAAGCGAGGGGAGGAGGCACAGUGAUCCUGCCUGCUGCCCCUUCUCUUCUCCCUUGUCCCAGCUUGCAGCUCUUCUGUGCCCCCAGGAUUAGCAUCUGUUCACUUGGGACGAACUGAGGAGGCUCAAAACUGCCUGUCUUGGGGGUUGUUUGAAGGAAUGGGGUGUUUUUCUUGCAGUAGGGAUGGCUUAGGUAUGAAAUGGUUAUCUCCCCAAGGGCUGUUUUCUCUUGAAGCUUUUUUUCUUUCUUAUUUUUUGCAGUGCUGGGAAUGGAACUCAGGGCCUUAUGUAUGCUAAGCAUGUGCUUUACCACUGUGCUAUACCUGGGUCUCACUAAAGCUUUCUUUUUUAUUAGUGAUGCAAAAUUCACCAUUGACUAUAAGUGUGCGGUUCUGAGGUAUUACGUUCUCUGCUGUGUUGUGCAGCCAUCGCCACGCCAGCAGACCAGCAUCUCCAGAACUUUCUCCUCAUUCUUUGCUGAAACCCUAGACCCAUUCCACAGCUCCACACCCCUUCUGAUUUUCCUGCCCUGGGUCCUUUGUACAAGAGGAGUCCUCUAGGGUGGUGUUUGUGACUGGCUUCUUUUGCUUACCGUGUCUUCAUGUCUAUCCAGUUGCCAGAUUGCCCAAGGGUUGUGGCCUCCUCUUAACACAGGCGGAGGAGAAGCUGUGAUGUGUGUCGCUGAAGCUCUGGAGGAGCAGAGAUGCCAGGCUGGGAGCUUAGCCAGCUUAGAUGUCUCACUCUAGAUUCUUGGGUGCUGUGAUUCUGGGCAGGCCCAGUGUCAGUCAUCGUGCUUUGCUUUUUGACUGCGGGCGAGAGCACCCGUCCUAGGCCUUUGGUCGAAACCUCCCCUCCUCCCCACAGACCUGGCAUCCUGGAGUGGAUGGGCACUGCAGAGGUGUGCCACCCCAGCCUCCUUCCCAGCCAGUGACGGAGCCCUCGUGCACCCCUGGACACUGCCUGCCCUUCGUCUUCCACUUCCGUCCUGUCAGGGAUGAGCCCUCUCCUGAGAGUCUCCUCCGUUGUUCCUUAGAGGAACUGGUCGCUCCUACCGCCGCCACCGCCUCUUGUCAUCCUCUGUGACUCUGACCCGCUUUCUGCUCUAUGGAUCUUUGCCAGAAGUGAAAGCUCCUCUGGGGAGGUACUGAGGCCAGACCACUAGCCAGUGGCUUGGGGACCCUAGUUCACUUCAGCACCAGCCCUCUGCCUGAAGAGGGUCCACCUCCCAACUGCUUCCCCUACAAGACUGCCAGGUCUGUCGGCAGCAGCGACUCAACUUCUGUGAAUUCAUGGUGUGAGUUGCCAGUGGCUUAGGUGUUUGGACGGUGCACACCAGGUCCUCCCCACUCUGUUCAUCCCCUGACGGUGACCUCUGGGAAGCACCUCAGCUCCACAAUGGCAGCAGAGACGCUCAACUUUGGGCCUGAGUGGCUGAGGGCCCUUUCCAGUGGAGGCAGUGUGGCCUCACCACCCCCCUCCCCUGCCAUGCCCAAGUACAAGUUGGCUGACUACCGCUACGGGCGAGAGGAGAUGCUGGCCCUCUACAUCAAGGAGGACAAGGUCCCUGAAGAACUUCAGGACAAGGAGUUUGCUGCGGUUUUGCAGGAGGAGCCGCUGCAGCCACUGGCUCUGGAGCCUCUGACCGAGGAGGAGCAGAGGAACUUCUCCCUGUCAGUGAACAGCGUGGCUGUGCUGAGGUUGAUGGGAAAAGGGGCUGCUCCCCCCCUGGCUGGCACCUCCCGUGGCAGGGGCAGCACGAGAAGCCGAGGCCGUGGCCGUGGUGACAGUUGCUUUUACCAAAGAAGCAUUGAAGAAGGCGAUGGAGCCUUUGGACGAAAUCCCCGGGAGAUCCAGCGAAGCCAGAGCUGGGAUGACAGGGCAGAGUGGACAAGGUGUGUAACAGUCCUACAGGGCUGGGAGGGACAUGGACUGUUUUUGACCAACACCUUUCUCUCCUGCAGAGGUGAGAGGCGGUUUGAGAAGCCGGCAAGGAGGGAUGGAGCGAGAUCUGGGUUUGAGGAGGGAGGGGCUGGCCCAAGGAAGGAGCACACCCGCUCAGACAGUGAGAACUGGCGCUCACUUCGAGAGGAGCAGGAGGAGGAGGAAGAGGGCAGCUGGAGACUUGGGGCAGGACCCCGGCGAGAUGGUGAUCGCUGGCGCUCCACUAGUCCUGAUGGCGGCCCCCGCUCUGCUGGCUGGCGGGAACAUGGGGAGCGGCGUCGAAAGUUUGACUUUGAUAUGCGAGGGGAGCGAGGAGGGUGUGGUGAAGAGGAGGGGCGGGGUGGGGGAGGCAGCUCUCACCUCCGGAGGUGCCAUGGGCCUGAUGGCUUUGACGACGACAAGGACGGACUCCCAGAGUGGUGCCUCAAUGAUGAGGAUGAAGAGAUGGGCACCUUCGAUGCCUCUGGGGCCUUCUUGCCUCUCAAGGUAUCUUCGAGGAGAGGCAAGGGCCCCAAGGACCCCAUUCCUGAGGAGCAAGAGCUCGACUUCCAGGGCCUGGAGGAGGAGGAGGAAGAGCCUUCAGAAGGGCUGGAUGAGGAGCGACCUGAGGCCGGUGGGAAGGAGCUGCCCCCACUGCCUCCUCCAGAGAAGUCCAGCUCUCCGUCCCCACUGCCCACCUUGGGCCCACUCUGGGGCACGAAUGGGGAGAGUGACGAAGCUGUGGAGAAGGAACUUCCUGCAGCUGAAGGAGAUGACAUGCGGAGAAUCCAGCUGAGCCCUGGUGUUGGCUCACCCCCUGCGCCCCCUGGAGAUCUGGAAGAUGAAGAAGGUUUGAAGCAUCUGCAGCAGGAGGCAGAGAAGCUGGUGGCCUCCCUGCAGGACAGCUCCCUGGAGGAGGAGCAGUUCACGGCCGCCAUGCAGACCCAGGGCCUGCGCCACUCCACAGCUGCCACUGCCCUUCCCCUCAGCCAUGGCGCUGCCCGCAAGUGGUUCUAUAAGGACCCGCAGGGGGAGAUCCAAGGCCCCUUCACAACCCAGGAAAUGGCAGAAUGGUUCCAGGCCGGCUACUUCUCCAUGUCCCUGCUGGUGAAGCGGGGCUGUGAUGAGGGCUUCCAGCCUCUGGGAGAAGUGAUCAAGAUGUGGGGCCGUGUGCCCUUUGCCCCGGGUCCCUCGCCACCCCCACUGCUGGGAAACAUGGACCAGGAGCGGCUAAAGAAGCAGCAGGAGCUGGCCGCGGCGGCCUUGUACCAGCAGCUGCAGCACCAGCAGUUCCUUCAGCUGGUUGGCAGCCGCCAGCUCCCGCCGUGUUCGCUCCGGGAAAAGGCAGCUAUGGGGGACCUGGCACCGCCGCAGCAGCAACAGCUUACUACAUUUCUGCAGCAGCUCCAGGCUCUCAAACCUUCCAGAGGUGGGGACCAGAACCUGCUUCCGACAAUUAGCCGGUCCAUGUCGGUGCCGGAUUCAAGCCCCCUCUGGGAUGUACAUACCUCAGCCUCAUCACAGUCUGGUGGUGAGGCCAGUCUUUGGGACAUACCAAUUAACUCUUCGACUCAGGGUCCAAUCCUAGAACAGCUCCAGCUGCAGCAUAAAUUCCAGGAGCGCAGAGAAGUGGAGCUCAGGGCGAAGCGGGAGGAGGAGGAGCGCAAGCGCCGAGAGGAAAAGCGCCGGCAGCAGCAGCAAGAAGAGCACAAGCGUCGCCAGGAGGAGGAGGAGCUCUUUCGGCGCAAGCAGGUGCGGCAGCAAGAGCUGCUCCUGAAGCUGUUGCAGCAGCAGCAGCAGCAACAGGCAUCAGCCGCAGUCCCUGUGCCGCCUGCACCCAGCUCACCACCCCCACUCUGGGCUGGCCUGGCUAAGCAGGGCCUGUCCAUGAAGACGCUGCUGGAGCUGCAGCUGGAGGGUGAGCGGCAGCUGCACAAGCCGCCUGUGCCCCGGGAGCCGCCAAGGGCCCAGGCCCCCAACCACCGCUCGCAGCUUGGGGGCCUGGGCGCUGCCCCCCUGAACCAAUGGGUUUCUGAGGCCGGGCCACUGUGGGGCGGGCCUGACAAGAGUGGGGGCAGUGGCGGUGGCAGCCUGGGGCUCUGGGAGGAUCCCCUCAAGAGCAGUGGAAGCCUGGCCCGUGGCCUCGGCCUGAAGAACAGUCGGAGCAGCCCGUCCCUCAGUGACUCCUACAGCCAUCUGUCAGGUCGCCCUGUUCGCAAAAAGACAGAGGAAGAAGAGAAGCUAUUGAAGCUGCUGCAGGGCAUCCCCAGGCCCCAGGACGGCUUCACCCAGUGGUGUGAGCAGAUGCUACACACCCUGAGCACCACGGGCAGCCUGGACGUGCCCAUGGCUGUCGCAAUCCUCAAGGAGGUGGAGUCCCCCUAUGAUGUCCAUGAUUAUAUCCGUUCCUGCCUGGGGGACACGCUGGAAGCCAAAGAAUUUGCCAAACAGUUCCUGGAGCGGAGGGCUAAGCAGAAAGCCAGCCAGCAGCGGCAGCAUCAGCAACAGGAGGUGUGGCUGAGCAGUGCCUCCCUGCAGACAGCCUUUCAGGCCAACCACAGCACCAAACUUGGCCCUGGAGAGGGCACCAAGGCCAAGAGGCGGGCACUGAUGCUGCACUCCGACCCCAGCAUCUUGGGGUACUCCUUGCACGGACCUUCUGGUGAGAUCGAGAGCGUGGAUGACUACUGACCAGCCCAUCCCACUUAGCCCCCUGGGCUGGAGGCCAGGAGUGGCAGCCGCAGCUUGGACCCUUGGGUCUCUAGCCUGCAGGCUCCCAGGAAGGAGCAAAGGAGGAAGCAGGGGCAGGGUCCCCAGCACUUGUUACAAACCACACGAUGCACCUUAACUCACCCACCACGAGGCACUUUACAGAUUGGGGGGAAGGGUUUGUUUUUUGUUUUGUUUUGUUUUGUUUUAAUUUUAAAUGACUGAAGAAAACUUUAGGAGACAAAAGGAUUUGUUAAAAAACCUAGAUUCUAGACACACUUUGUCCCUCGGGAUGGUGUGAUAACAGAAGGUCCACGGAAGUUUUUUGUUUUUUGGGGUUUUUUUUUUAAGAAAAAUGAUGAAAAAUAAUGGAAAAAAAAAGUUAGGCUGAAAGGAAAAAACACACUGUUAUUUUGGGGCAGUGGGGACACAGGCCCCAUGGACCUGUUCUGCCUGGCCCCUAGGCUGCACUUACCCUGCUGCCCUUGGAAGGUGGGCUUCGGGGUAACAAAGCUGGGGUGCCAGCAGUUUGCACAGCGAGACCCCCUCAGUGCCCUGCCCACCGGACCCGCUGUGAACAGCUCCCUGUGACUGUGUCCAGGGUGGGGGCCAAAGUCACCCCUUGGCUUUGCUGCUUUGGGGGAAAGUUGCACAAAUCGGACAAGUCACCUCAGCCCCCAGCUGCCAUUUCAUGCGCUAGCUGAUGGGGAGAUGGGGAAAGGCCAGUUGGUGACUGCCUUCUGUCAGGGCGGGACUCGGACUCAGGCCUGCUGAGGGGCUUCCCCCACCGCUGCCAUUUGGGAGACGGCCUGGUGUGAGCCGAAAGCCUCAGCUCCCUGCCUUGCCACAUGAAUGUAUUCCUUGGUUCCCAAGCCCCCGCCUUGCCCCCCGAGGAGGGGCACAGCGAUUCCUCCAGGAGCUGGGACGGCACCACUUCAUGGCCAAGUCCUUCCUGUCGAGAGGGGCAGGAGAGCCUCGAAGGGCCAGGAGUGGGCGGCUCAGGGCUGAGGCUGCGGUGCAGGGGACUGUCAGAAGAGAGCCCUGCCCUGCAGCCAGCCGUGGCCGUGCAUGUGGGGUGUGGACCUCCCAGCUCUGCGCCUGACCCCUCGUUGACCAAAUGGGAGAGGAGCAAGAGGCCUCCCCUUGAUGUCUUAAAUGCUGGGUAAGGCUGGGGUCGAGAGUGGAGGUGUGCGUCUCCUGUUGCUCACCGACUUCUAACCCCUGCCUGGGCUUGUCUCCAUCAUUUUUUUUUUCUUUUUUUGUAGUUUGUCUAAUCUUUUGCGUUCUCAUCAAACUUUUCCCAUCGACCUCAUUGCUGAGUGCAGUAUUAGGGCGAGACUGCCGCUGCCUCCCUCCAUGAAUGUAUUGCUCCUUACUGCCCUGGGGAAGUGGGGAGCUGCCCCAGUUUCUUUCCCCAUCUAUCUCCAGAGAGGAUUUUUUUUUUUUUUUUUUUUGCACCAAAGUGGCAACUGGGUCAGUGUUGGGGAUAAAGCUGGCCUCGGGGUUGCAGGGCCCCUCCACCUACUUCUCCCUGGUUUUGACAGUGUUAGUGUCCAUGAAAAGACAAUAUUCUCUCUAAAGCAAUAAGGGGGUGAUGGGCCAGGGGGAAAUGUCUUGCUGCUGCUGGCCCCCAGCUCCCCCUUCCCUCUUGCCAGUGUGGUGGCAUUAGAGGGGUAGGGGAGACUCCUGUUGUGACUGAAUGUAACUGCCCUGCCCCUGCCACAGCCAAUGCAGGGGAAGGGGGGACACUUCCUGUCUCUUCCUGCCCCUUUCCCCCAGAGCUAAAGAGACUUUCAGUUGGGGGGCCCACGAGCCUGGAGAGGCCUUAACCCUGUAAGGAAGUGUAGGGGGAGCCCUCUCCCACCCCAUCCCCUCUGAGAGUGGUCAAUGUUUACAAGCCCUGAGCCCCGCCCAGGGACUAGGGUCCCAUUGCUGUCCUGUCCCAGUCUUCCUGGGCCCUGCUGCCCUCCUCCUGGGAUUGGGGUAGUCAAAGGGUCAUUCUGUGUUCCCACGUCUGCCUUGUACCCACAAUCUCUUGCCCCACCUCCCUGUGUGACUUCCCUUCCACCUGCCCUGUGUAAAUACUCCUAAUAAAACUUGGUGUGUGUUCUCCCUGUC